AUGGACGAGCAAGUUCGGCAGCAGUUCGACUUGCUGAGGCAGGAGUUCGCAGCCCGAAUGAGUCAGACCGUCGACGAGAUGAGGAGGCUGGAGAACGAUAAUCAACGGCUUCAGCAGCAAGUAGCAGGAGGCCUCGCGGCGAUCCCGCAGGCGAUCGAGCGCAUGGGCGAGCAGAUCCGAGGAGCUACGCACGCGGGAGGAGCCGCACCAGGUCUCGUCGACACGAAGGGGAUCGGCAAGCCCACGACGCUAGGCGACGAUCAGGAGAAGUUCGGAGCUUGGAACCGCAAGAUGGAGAACUACGUGAUAGGCGUGUACGGAGAGAGCUUCCGUCCUGUUCUCCGGUGGGCGGCAGAAGCCGAACGCCCCGUGACGAUCGAAGGGGCACAGGAGGCGCACGGAGGAGUACCAGAGCUGGUGACCAAGAUCAACCAGCUGUACGCGGCGCUGAUCAGCACGACGGCGGACGGCAGCGAGAGCAACGACCUCGUGACGGGCGCACCCGACGGGAACGGUCUCGAGGCCUGGCGGAAGCUUCACCGCAGGUGGGACCCGACGACAGGUCCGAGGAAGAGGCUGAUCCUGAGGUCGAUCAUCUCGCCUCCGAAGUGCAACGCGGAAGAGCUGGGGUCCGCCUUAGAGAAGUGGAUCCAGCAGAUAGGCAAGUACGAACGCCGCCAAGGAGAGGACGGGCUGGCCGAGCUGCCGGAGGAUAUCAAGAUGGCGGCCCUCGAGAUGCUCGUGCCUCAGGACAUCGAGAACCACCUCGUACUCAACAAGCAUCGGCUCGUGACGUUCCAGGACAGCCUGAACGAGGUAAUGACGAUCGUCGAGGCUCGGACCGGCGUGAAGAUCAAGGAGCCAUCGAUCCGCGCACGGGCGCAUCAUCCGGACGACAUGGACGUCGGAUCGUUCGGAGCCCCGAAAGGAAAAGGCAAAGGCAAGGGCAAGGACGGCAAGAGCAAAGGGAAAGGCAAGACCCAGGAGCCGAAGGGGAAGAGCAAAUCGACGAGCGGAUCAUACUCAGGGGGCAGCCGCGGCGGCAAGGCCGGCGGCAAGGCGGCAGGCAGCCUGGAGGAGGAGCCUGAAGCGGAGGUCGCCGCUCUGGACAUGGGCAGCUUGGACUGCCUGGAGCUCGCCAGCGGCAACGGCCGCGGCGUAGCGGCGGUCGACCUCUCCCCCUUCGUGCAGGACGACUGGAUGAAGUUCAACUGGGACAGCGGUGCAGCUGUCUCAGCAUUCCCGCGGAGCUUCGCGCCGCCGACGGGAAUGAAGGGCAACGGCAGCACGUAUCGCACGGCCAGUGGUGAGCUCGUCCCGGACGAGGGCAGCUUGCAGCUCAAGGCGGAGGACGAGUACGGAGUGCUACGAGCACUCAAGGGACGCGUGACGAACGUGCACAAGCCGUUGAUCUCGGUGGGGCAGGCAGCAGGAGCUGGACAGUGUUCAUUCCUAGGCCGCAAUGGCGGCUGGAUAUUCCACGAGAAGAGCCAAAUCGGCAAGCGCGUGGUAGGCAUGCUGGAGAAGGAGGCGAAGACGGCGAAGCACCAGAUGCUGCCGGUCUAUCGUGAGCAGGGCGUCUACAACUUCUACCUCAAGAAGGGCCAACAUGGCUCGGUUGCUCCUCUCGAGGAGGGAUUUUCGGCGAAGUCGAAGUCCGAGCUGGUGGAGAUACUCAGCGGCAAGUCGAAGGAGGAGCUGCUGGAGAUCCUCGAGAGGACAGCACCUCAUGAGCCCUCUCAGAGGGAGAUCGUCGAGCACGAGGCGAUGGGACACGCGACUUACCGUAGCUGGUGUCGCGUGUGCAUUGCGGCAAAGGGCCAAGGCCAGCCGCAUCUCCGCGCACCGGAGGACGACGAGACAGCGGUGCCGGUGGUCUCGUCCGACUACGCCUUCAUGGGCCAGGACGACGCGGACACCAUGCCGAUGCUGGUCCUUAGGGAUCGACGCUCGAAGAUGAUGGCAGCGACAUUCGUGGAGAAGAAGGGCGACGACGCCUACGCCAUCAAGUUCUUCGCACGCUUCUUACGGAUCCUGGGCUACAGGAAGAUCGUCAACAAGUCCGACGGCGAGCCAGCGAUCCUGCUGGUCAAGAGGCGUGCGGUGGAGGAGGUUCCUGGCCUCGAGGCCAUUCCCCAGGAGUCGGCACCGGCCGAUCAUCAGGCCAAUGGGGAGAUCGAGGUCACGGUGCGCGAGAUCAAGAAGCAGGUGCGAGCGCUCAAGAUGGACCUGGAGUCCAAGCUGGGCGUCAAGGUGGAGGACAAGCACCCAGUGCUAGCGCACCUGCCGGAGCACGCCGCAUCGGUGAUCAACCGAUACAGGCGCGGCCAGGACGGCAAGACCGCUCUUCAGCGGCUCACGGGACGGCAGUGGAGGAAGCCGGUCCCGCUCUUCGGUGAGCGCCUGAUGGUGCGGUUCGCCGGGGAGCGCACGAGGAAGAACGCGCUGGAGGAGCAGAUGGUGGAGGCUCGCUACAUCGGCCACCACCCGCGCGACGGCUCGAUGAUGGUCAUCACGAGCGACGGUGUGAAGAAGGCGGUCGGCUUUCGCAGCCUGCCGCAGAGCGAGAAGUGGAUCACGGCGGGCUGGGACAGCCUGAAGGGCCUGCCGUGGGACGUGGCUCCGCGUGCGGCCAGCGCGCCGCGGGCCAUCGUCGGACCGGGAGAGGCCGGUCCGCCACCGAUUGUGGUGGUGCCGCCGCAGCCGCAGGCGCCGAGGAGGAUGUACGUUCUCAAGGCGGACGUCGAGCGGCUGGGCGCAACGCCGGGAUGCCCAGGGUGCGUCUCGAUCGCCAAGCACGGCAAGGUGCUGGCUGGCCAUGCGCACAACGCGGUGUGCAGCAAGAGAAUCUUCGAAGCGCUGGACGCUGAGGAGGCAGGCCGGGAGAGGUCGCGGCUGAAGCGCUUGGCGGAGGUGGCCCCGGAUGACGUGCCGGAGGCCCUCGAGCGCGGUGAUCCACAGCCGGCAGACGUGCCGGUACCGGUGGACAUGGAGGAUCUCGCGGCGCAGCCGGCGCCAGCGGAAGGACCUCAGCUGCCAGCUGGAGUGGCAGUCGUGUGGAACGCCAGUGAGGGGAGACACAUGCGGGUGCUCGCUCUCGACGUGGCGUCGAUCGAGCUGGUCGAGCUCGGAGUGCUGACGAGGGCGAAGGCGGAGUUGCUCCCGCUCGUUCGCGAACAGGUCAGCGGCCAUUGGGCCAGUGUCGGCGUGGACAUCGCCGACGAGGAGGUGGACAGCAUCGCCUUAUCGGCGUUGCAGCUGGGCGCCGUGGACGUGGCAGAAGUGCACUCGCCACAUCGGUUCUCGGCUCGGGCGGCGGAGUUUCAGUUGCGCCCGGGCUUCGCGGCGGACCUGGAGGAACUCAAGGAGGACGGGGCGCCAUGGGACUUGCGGCGACCCGAGGAUGUCAAGGAGCUCGAGGAGCAGCAGGAGCGGAUGGAUCCCAUCCUGCUCACGGGGUCCCCUCCAUGCGAGAAGUUCAGCUUGCUGAGGGGCCUGAGCGCCAAGUUCAGGACCGACGAGCAGGAGGCGGCUGAGAUGGAGGAGGCCAGACACCACCUGAAGGUGGCAGUCGACGCCUACUGGCGUCAGCUCAGGAAGCCAGGCAGGUACUUCCUGCAUGAGCAUCCCUGGAGCGCGCGAUCGUGGAAUGAGGACAUCGUCAAGGAGCUGGUCGCGCAUCCAGGAGUCUUCACGGUCAAAGGCCCCAUGUGUCGGUGGGGCAUGAAGCUCACGAACCCACGCAGUGGCCAGGAGGAGUUCGUGCGCAAGGAGACCGGGUGGGUCACCAACCACCCAGGCUUAGCCCGGAGACUGCAGGGCACUUGCAGCAAUGUGGACGGCCGCGCGGAGUGGCAUCGCCACAUCACGCUCGUGGGCGGCAUCGCGCGGUUCGCGAAGGUCUAUCCACCGAAGUUGGUGGAGGCGGUGCUGGAGGAGCUCAAGGACACGCUGAAUGACGUGGGGGAGCUCAGCACCGCCCAGGUGCAGCAGUCGGGCCCAGUCCCUGUGGACGCGGCGGUGCCGCCCGGGGACUGGACGAGCUAUUGGGACGACGUCAAUGGCGGCUACCUGGAGGCGGGCCUUGUGGCCCAGGCUCGCGCGGUCGAGCGCGAGUGGGUCAAGAAGCAGGAGCUGAUCGAGAUCGUCCCGAGGUCUCAGGCUUUCGCUGAGACUGGGCGUCCGCCCAUCCCACUCAAGUGGGUCGACACGAACAAGGGUGACGCGGAGAGGCCCAACUACAGGAGCAGGCUCGUCGUGAAGGAGAUCAAGGCGAAGAAGCGUCCGGACGAGCAGCUGGAGGUGUCCGAGGUCUUCUCGGCAAUGCCUCCUCUGGAGGCCAUGCGGUCGCUGGUCUCGCUGAUGGUCACGUGGACGCGGGAAGCACCGCUCCACAUUCAGGAGUCGCUUCGCAAGAAGGGCAGGAAGCCGGGCAACUUCAAGAUCGGCUUCUUCGACAUCAGCAGGGCGCACUUCUACGGGAAGGCGCAGCGGAGGAUCUUCGUGGAGCUGGAGGAGGAGAGUCGCAAGGAGUACGGCGAGGACAAGUGUGGCUUACUCCUCAAGUCCUGGUACGGCACGCAGGACGCCAGCAAGAUCUGGCAGGGCGACUACACGGAGCUGCUGGAGGAGCACGGCUACAAGGCGGGCGUAUCGUGCCCAGCGGUCUUCUACAAGGAGGAGGACGAGACGAGGCUGCUGGGGCACGGCGACGACUUCGCGGUGCUGGCUCAGCAGCAGGAUAUCGACAGCUUCGAGGCCACGUUGGGCAAGAAGUACGAGUUCAAGAAGACUGCGAACCUCGGCUUCGACGAGGGCGACGACAAGCAGGCGGUCUUCCUGAAUCGGGUCAUCGAAGUCAGUGCGGGAGCUCCGCCUGGCGGUGGCCGGCCCUGCCGGCAUGCGAUGAUCGAGCCGGGCAAGCGGCACGCAGAGAUCGUGAUCGACGAGCUGGGUCUCAGCAAGGCCAACGGCGUGGACACGCCGAUGGAGAAGCGCAGCGCCGACAAGCAGAUGAUGGAUGCGAAGUCGGCGGCGCUGGGAACGGCGGAAGCUUCGCGCUUCCGAUCCCUCACCAUGCGGGUAGCCUACCUGUCUCAGGACAGGCUGGACUUGGCAGAGGCAUCGAAGACGCUCGCUAGGUCCAUGCAGACGCCGACGGAGGCGAGUUGGCUCAUGCUCAAGAGGGUUGGCCGCUACCUCAAGCGGCAUCCCAGUACGGUGACGGUCUUCACGGAGCAGAAGAUGUUCGACAAGAUCCGGGUGUACGUGGACUCCGAUCAUGCGGGCUGCGCAGUCACUCGGAAAAGUACCGGAGGCUUCGUGGCGAUGCUGGGGCAUCACGUCAUCAAGCACGGCAGCAAUUUGCAGUCGACGGUCUCUCUGAGCAGUGGGGAGAGCGAGUACUACGCCCUGGUCAAGGGCGGGAGCGUGGGCCUGGGUCUACACAGCCUCUUCGCAGACUGGGGGCUGGACCUGAAGGUGGAGCUCGCCUCAGACUCAUCGGCGGCCCGGGGCCACGUCCAACGGCGAGGUCUCGGGAAGAUGCGACAUGUUCAAUCCCGAUACCUGUGGAUCCAGGAGCGCGUGGGCAAGGGCGACCUCUCGAUCGCUGCGGUUCCUGGUAAGAACAAUGUCGCGGACGUGCUGACCAAGAGCGUGGGUGGAUCUCUCUUGAGGAGACACAUGGCGACGCUCAACAUCUGGGAUCGGGCACCGAGUUCGACCCAGAAGGAUAUCAAGUGA